CCAGCCAGCCGCGUCCGGAGCCCGCGCGCAGCCUCGAGGUCCCACCCGAGGUGCCCUUGACCGUCCCUGUCCCCCACCCCACCCCGGAUCCCGGCAAUGCUAACCGCUGUCUGCGGCUCUCUGGGCAGCCAGCACACGGACGCGCCUCACGCCUCCCCGCCGCGCCUCGACCUGCAGCCUCUCCAAACAUACCAGGGCCACACGAGCCCCGAGGCCGGGGACUACCCCUCCCCGCUGCAGCCUGGAGAGCUGCAGAGCCUCCCGCUGGGCCCAGAGGUGGACUUCUCACAGGGCUAUGAGUUGCCGGGGGCCUCCUCUCGGGUAACCUGCGAGGACCUGGAAAGUGACAGUCCCUUGGCCCCGGGACCCUUUUCCAAGCUCCUGCAGCCGGACAUGUCACACCACUACGAAUCGUGGUUCCGGCCGACUCACCCAGGCACCGAGGAUGGCUCAUGGUGGGACCUUCAUCCGGGCACCAGCUGGAUGGACCUCCCCCACACUCAGGGCGCGCUGACCUCACCUGGCCACCCGGGGGCGCUUCAGGCUGGUUUGGGGGGCUACGUCGGAGACCACCAGCUUUGUGCCCCGCCGCCCCACCCACACCCGCACCAUCUCCUCCCAGCCGCCGGAGGGCAGCACCUCCUGGGGCCUCCGGACGGGGCGAAGGCCUUGGAAGCGGCCGCCCCGGAGUCCCAGGGGCUGGAUUCCAGUCUGGACGGGGCGACCCGACCCAAAGGCUCUCGGCGGUCAGUGCCCCGCAGCUCAGGCCAGACAGUGUGCCGCUGUCCCAACUGCCUGGAGGCGGAGCGACUGGGGGCGCCUUGCGGGCCCGAUGGGGGCAAGAAGAAGCACCUGCAUAAUUGCCACAUCCCGGGCUGCGGGAAAGCCUACGCCAAGACGUCGCACCUGAAGGCGCACCUGCGCUGGCACAGCGGCGACCGUCCCUUCGUGUGCAACUGGCUCUUCUGCGGCAAGCGCUUCACGCGCUCCGACGAGCUGCAGCGCCACCUGCAGACCCACACGGGCACCAAGAAGUUCCCCUGCGCCGUCUGCAGCCGCGUCUUCAUGCGCAGCGACCACCUGGCCAAACACAUGAAAACCCACGAGGGCGCCAAGGAGGAGGCUGCGGGGGCUGCCGCGGGCGAGGGCAAGGCGGGCGGAGCGGUGGAGCCUCCCGGGGGCAAAGGGAAGCGGGAGUCCGAGGGCGGCGGGGCUCCCUCCAACUGAGCCCCGGGGCACCGCCUCCCUGCUGGCCUCCCCGGGGGGGCUUCAGACGAGCGCCCCUUCCCCUCCGCCUGAGUCCCCGGAGGGGCGGCUGGAGGCAGAGGCGGUUCUCUAUGGAGGGGGAGCAAAGGCGGUGCGGGGCAGGGAGACGGGCUGUAGGGGUUUUAGUCUGGGGCUGGACGGGGCGCAUUGGACGGGCCGGGCUGCGAGGAGCUUCGCAGGCCCCUCUGCUCUCCGCUUCCUCGCUAUCUUCCUCACCCCUGGGCUGGGGGAGCAGUGGAGGAACCCCAACCGCGGCUGGAGGGCGGAGGGGACCGGCUGGAGGAGACAGCGAGUCCCCAGAGCCCGGAGGAGUGGGGCCGCCCCUGGCGCUGGGGGGAGCUGUCUGGACACGUCCUUAGCGCCUGGGAACCGUGACAUAAAAGCGCCUCCGGAGCCGCCCUGUGGCCCCGGCCCCUUUCAUCCCCGGUAUUACGUGCUUCUACCCCUAGGGUUUCCUGAGAGAUAGGGGAGGCUGGGGGUCCAGGGUUGUUGCUGUAGAGAACUCCUUUGAUGCACCUCCUUAUUAACCCUGCCAGACCCAGUUGGAGGGUGCCAUGAAGGAAAAGGGGGGAGGGCCAGAGUCCACCCCAGCGUCCCAGCCUGAGCUGUGGGGUGGAGGAGAGAGCUAGACGUGGGAGGUGAGCUAGGAAGUCCCCUUCUCCAAUGCGAGAAAGGGAUCUGGUGGGGGAAUGGAAGGAACUCACUCCUUCCCUCCAGCUGAUUCAGUCCUUAAACGCUUGGCCUUUAGAAAAAAGAAAGUUCAGUAGUCCACAUUCUCCAUCUGAUACCCCGUGUAAGCUUCCAGGGCAACCAGAAGCCCCACUCUAGAAUGGAUGUAGUACCUGGUCCCAUCACUUGCCUUCCCCUGAGGCCUGGAAGGAAGAGGGUUACCUGGGGUGGGUGGGGACCCACCAGUAAGUGGGUCCCGCUGAAAUUGGAGGGCUCCUCUACCCUGCCAUCUGCUCACUGGGGAAGUAAGUUCCACUGUUUCUUCAGCUCCACCCUCCCCUUUCUCUGCAGCCUGCAAGCCUUGUCUCUCCUGCAGAGUGUGUUAGGAGGUGCCUUCCUGCCCCUUCUCAUGAGAUGGGGGGCCCCCUUCCAUAGGAAGGAGUUGUGCUCCAUUGGAAGGGGUUCUGCCUUCUGCGCUAAUGUCCAGGAAGCUGUUCCUGUAGAUGCUAGCAGUCCAUCCUGACUGUGAUCAUGGAAGGGGUGGGGGGGGCGGGCCCAGCAGAGGCUGAGCCAGGCAAAGGGAAAGAAGCUGAUCUGGGGAAGGGGCUGGUGGGCCCAGGAAGAGGCCUUAGGACUCCCCUGCCCUGCCCCUUUCUCCACCCAGAGCGCUAUUCAAGGAUUAGUUGUGUAUUGAUUUUUAAGUUAUAAGCAAAGGGUAUUUUAUUUAAUAUUAGGGAGUGUAUGUGUGUGUGGUGUUCAGUACUACGUGUAGCUGUGGUGUGUGUGUGUGUGCAUGGUAUGUGAGCAUGUGUGUAUUUCUCUACUGAGCCUGGGGUCUCCAGCCAGGGAGACCCCAUCUUUUUCACAUCAUCCACGGUCCUGGGGGCUAGGCCCACAGUGUCUCUUCCUCCCAUGGGGAUGCUAGACCCCAUUCCGAGGACUGGGAGCUACAUGGGAAGUGGGGCCGGGAGGGUGGGAAU